UCACAACAAAAUCGAGUGUAUUUCUCUAACGACAGAACAGCUUUACUCGAAGAGUUCUACCAGAGUCACAUAUCAUUUUCGUAUCCGGAUCGCGAAACUAUAGAAUCUCUCACCGGUCACUGUGGGAUCUCUCAAUCCCAAAUCAGAAAAUGGUUCAGCAAUAGGAGG